AUGGAUAGAUACGAGAAUAAUUAUCUAGAAGACGAAAGCUUAAGCGGAUUACAACGUAACCAUCCGACAACCUCACAAAAUGUGGUCGAUGAAGCGGAAUUGUUAGCAGCUCAAGCGGCAGCCGAAGCAGCAGCAACUCAACAACAGCAACACCCUGGUGAUGCAUUUAAUAACGUUGGACAGGGUUUGACGGCUCGAUUUAGAGACAUGAUGAUGCAGUAUUGGCAAGAAACUAUAAAUUCUAUAGAACAUGAUGACCAUGACUUUAAAAAUCAUCAGCUACCUCUAGCAAGAAUCAAGAAAGUGAUGAAAACAGACGAGGAUGUGAGAAUGAUAAGUGCAGAGGCCCCAAUAUUGUUUGCUAAAGGAUGUGAAGUUUUCAUAACAGAAUUGACAAUGAGAGCUUGGAUUCAUGCUGAGGAAAGUAAGAGAAGGACAUUACAGAAGUCGGAUAUAGCAGCUGCUUUGACUAAAAGCGAUAUGUUUGACUUUUUGAUUGACGUAGUACCUCGAGAGGAAGAGAAACCUAAAAAGUCUUAUUCUCUGAAGACAGAGAGCUAUAUUGGAGCGAGUCAACCCGCACAGCUGAAGACACCCACUGAAGCUGAGCAACAAGUAAACGAUGGUGUAAAUCAACAGCAGGUGUUACUUCAGAAGCAGCUUCUUCAACAGCAAAUGUUGCAGCAGCAAAUGUUGCAACAUCAGCAUCAGCAGCAUCCACAACAGUCUCCACCUCCUCAAUCACACCCACAACAUCAACAACAACAACAACAUCCUCAAACAGACUCUAUGCCACAAGGACAUAUGGUGCAACCGCAGAAUGCUGAUAACAACAACAACCCCCACGAGUCAAACUUUGAGGUGUUUCCAAAUUUUAAUCCACCAACAUAUGAGGAUGAGUUUUAA